CGGAGUGUAAGAAAGGAUUCAAAACGAUCAAACAGCUCAGAAAUCACAAGGCGAUCCACCAGAAAACCAAGAAGCCGCCGCCAAAGUCCGAACUGACGUGCGAGCACUGUUGCCGGGGCUUCUCCACCAAGCACAUGUUGCACCAACACAUCGCCAACGUGCACGUCGGCGUGCGGCCGUACACUUGCGACGUCUGCGGGUACUCGACCGCCUUGGCCAGUUCGCUGAAACUCCACCAGCGGUUGCACACCGGCGAGAAGCCGUUCGCGUGCGACGAGUGCAGCUUCCGGACCGCCGACCACAACACCCUGCACAAGCACAAGAUGCGGCACACCGGCCGGAAGAACUACACUUGCCCGUGGUGCGACUACUCGUGCAUACAGGCCUCGGCGUACAAGAAGCACCUCAAGUCCAAACACCCGGGAAUGGACGACGGUAUCGUAUAUAGCUGUAACAUGUGCAAUUUCAAGACCAUUCGUAGAGAUGUGUAUAUGAUGCACAAUGUCAAACACAAGGAAGAAACUAUGCACAUUAACCCCAUGAGUGUUCAAACAAUCGACUUGGAUGAGGUGCUCGAUGAAAAAGAAAAAUUACAGUCCGAAAUUGUUGAACAACCUUACUAUCCCUUCAACACUAUCAGAGUUAAACCGAUAAACACUAUAAACGAGACCGUGGAAGACACUAUAUAAAGAUUAGGUUCAUCUUCUUUUUAAUGGCCUUCUAAUCUUUAGUAAAAAAUCUUUCAGUUGACAACUGAUUUCAACACCAAUAGUACUAUGUCGAAGAAUAAUGUGUGCAGAGGAUUUGUCACAACAUUGUACCAUCAGAGCAGUUCAAAACUAUUGUUGUUUGAGCAACCUCUAACUGUUGUUAGAAAAAUUGCCUGACGUUCUGACAAUAGUUUGAUUUUAUCAGUAUGUAUUUUGGAAUAAAAAUAAAUACCUUUUAAUUUUAAAA